GUUAUUAUUAUUAUUAUGAUUAUGAUUUUGGUUGACAGGGCACGAUCCAUCUCGCCCAUCUCCAUCUCUAUCUAUCUACUAUCGAUUUACUCCGUAACUUGCUUCACAACGGUUUACGCGCUGGAUCGUCAGUGUGGUGAAACGUUGAAAUCACCUCCCCCGAUCAACAGUGGUUCUUGCAAUCUCACCGGGCGUUCGGACGGUAAAAGCCAGUAGACUCUACGGAGUAGAUACUUUCUGUGUAGAUAGGUUGGCUGUAUAGGCUGUUCUCUGUACUGCCAGCUCAUGACUCCACCAGCAACAUCUCUCCUCACCUACAGUUGGUUACUGGGAGAUGAGUGAUGCUGGGACAAAGUUUUGAGCAAAAGAGGUCAACGAUUGUUAAUCUGACCAUGGAGUUCUAGGCUUAUGGACCACAGGCGGGUACAAC